AUGCUCCCUCCAAAUUUCGAUGAGCUGCCUCCCGUGGAGGGCAUGCCGGCCGGCUGUGCGUGGGGUGUUUUUGACAAGGACGGCAAGAAAGAUGUCUACGGCACUUUGAACCUGAUCACCCCGGAGGUGAUCAAAAGAGCAGCUGAAGAAGUCCGUCAAGGCAUCUCGAUUUCUCUAAAUUGGCCGAUUGGAAGCAUCAAAAUCCCCGGGUUCUUUCGAAAAAGCCUUUGUCACAAUGUCUUUGAGAUGAAAGACAUGCAAUCUGGUGACCACUAUGGAUUUGACGACGAGGUCGAGUUCAAUACCCAAGCCAGCAGUCAGUGGGAUAGCCUCAGUAUGUUUCAAGACGUCAUUGUUUUCUGGAAGGAAUUAUUGACAUCCCAACCAGCACAUUUCAUGCAUCUUCCAACCCAGCUUACCUACAAUGGGACAAAGCCAACCAUCGAAACCCUUCAAGUCCCAGACCCUGCCAAUCAACUACCAACAUUGGACCACUGGCACCAAAGAGGCUGUGUAACCAGCCGAGGCGUGCUGAUUGAUUUCAAAAGUUACGCAGAGUCACAUGGCCUGCACUACGACCAGUUCUCCAGCUUCCGCAUUGGGUCGGAAGACUUGGAAAAAGUAGCCGCAUGGGAAGGCCUGACCUUCCGACCAGGCGACAUUCUAUUGAUCCGAUUCGGCGUAACCGAGGCACUGGGUCAGAUGAGCGGGGCGCAGCAAGGGGCUGCGAUGGGCGCAGGUCGGAUGUGUGGACUAGAGGGAAGCAAGGAUAUGGCGCGUUGGCUAUGGGAUCAACACUUUGCGGCUGUUGUGAGUGAUAAUAUGGCUGUUGAGGCUAUGCCGCCCAUUAUUGAUGGGGUCGAGCAACCUUUUCAUGAACUGGUGCUGCACCAGUGGUGUCUGAGUUUGUUGGGAAUGCCAUUGGGUGAACUGUGGGAUCUCAAGGCCCUUGGUGAGGCUUGCUGGGCCAGUAAGCAAUAUUCCUUCUUGCUUACUUCGUCGCCCCUGAAUUAUCCCGGUGCUGUUGGAAGUCCACCCAAUGCUUUGGCUAUUCUGUAG